AUGGCUUCGGAACAAGCCCAGUACUUUCCUCGUGAGCAUGACACACUCGCCUUCAAAGGAGAAGCUAUGCAUGGCUGACAGAGAACAUCAGCUCCUCCUGGAGGCCAAGAGAAUGGAGGUAAGAACGCUUCUCGGCUCCAAAUCCAUCGGGUACUGACCUCCGGCUAGCACCACAGCAGUACUUCCCUCCUCCUCCUCCUCCAUCUUCCUCAACAGAACCGCAGUCGAGACCCCAGCCUCAGCAACAACAGCACUUCGCUCCUCCCCCAACGUUCGCUCCACCACCACCUAGCGUCUCUCCAAUUCAGACCAAUCUCCCAAGCACACAAUCCGAAAGACCUCUUCCCGUCUACCCAGCGCCACCAACCUCCACGUCAAACUAUCCUUCUGAGAAGCCAAAGGAGCCCGAGACCCCUUCUUUUCCUUUAGCGUCUCCCCGAGGCACCUCGUUUCAGCGCACUUCGAGCAUGCCUGGCGGCGCACCCCCGCCGGGCCAUUUCACUGGCGCUUCUGCAACGCUCGACGAUGUAGGAACCUUCAACGGCGGCUCCUACAGAAUCUCCCACCGCGACAGCAAUACGAUUGUCACGCUCCAAUUGGCGAUGGGAUGUCCUCUCACUGUCAAACCGGGAGCCAUGAUCGCAAUGUCGCCCACCAUCACCGUCAAGGGAAACUUCAAGUUCUCGAUGAAAAAGCUACUGGCUCGUGGAGAAAUGAGCCAUUCCCACUUUACUGGCCCGGGAGAGCUACUGCUUGCGCCAUUCGCGUUGGGAGACGUCACCAACAUCAGGCUGCAAGAGGGCGCGGGCACAUGGUCGGUGGGCAAGGAUGCAUUUCUGGCCUGCACACAGGGCGUUACCAAGGAUUACCAGGCGCAACAGCUUUCCAAGGCAAUCUUCUCCGGCGAAGGACUCUUCAUCUACAAGAUCGGAGGCGUGGGCAUCUGCUGGAUCCAGAGUAUGGGUGCCAUUAUCAGGAAAGACGUAAGUGCCAGGAACAGCCACUGCAAUCCGAACUUUCGCUAAUAUGUGUGUUCAUGUAGUUGCGCGAAGGCGAGAAAUACAUCAUCGACAACGGCCACUUGGUCGCGUGGAAUUGCAACUACGUGAUGGAGCGCGUGGCAUCCGGCGGUAUCAUUUCCAAUUUCUCUGCGGGCGAAGGGUUGGUCUGCAAGUUCUCGGGUCCGGGGACGGUCUUCAUGCAGACGCGGAAUCCGCAGCAGUUUGCUACGUACAUGGCUGCGCAUGCGACUGUGUAG